AUGGAUGAACUCACAAGACAUCUCCAAGGUGAGGUAUCUUGGUGCAUGUUGUUUGCGGAUGAUAUAAUUUUAGUGGAUGAGAUACUAUUGGGAGCUAAUUCUAAACUUGAAAUAUUGAGGCAGACAUUAGAGUCUAAAGGAUUUAAACUAAGUAGGACUAAAAUAGAAUCUAUGAAAUGUAAGUUUAGUAAGAGUAGGCAAGGGAACGAACAAUCAAUUGAACUAGAUGGAAGAGAAGUAAUAAAAAAUAUGGCCUUUAAAUAUCUUGGAUCGAUUUUCCAAGAAGAUGGAGACAUAAGUGAUGAUAUAGUUAAUAUGAUUAAAAACGGGUGGAAUAAGUGGAAGAGUGCAUCUGGGGUUUUAUGCGACCGAAGAAUUCCCCUUAAGGUUGAAGGGAAAAUUCUAUAG